CAUCCCCAAAGCGGCUGAACCAUCUGCACCAACCAGCUCAGAUCAAACUCCAGAGGCCCCAUGGAAUUCCCUGGCCUGGGGGCCAUGGGGACCUCUGAGUCCCUGCCCCAGUUUGUGGAUCCUGCCCUGGUGCCCUCACCACCAGAGUCUGGGGUCUUCUUCCCCUCUGGGCCUGAGGGCUUGGAUGCAGCCGCCUCCUCCACUGCCCCGAGCACGGCCACUGCUGCAGCGGCUGCACUGGCCUACUACAGGGAUGCUGAGGCCUACAGACACUCCCCAGUCUUCCAGGUGUACCCACUGCUCAACUGUAUGGAGGGGAUCUCAGGGGGCUCACCAUAUGCCAGCUGGGCCUACGGCAAGACUGGGCUCUACCCUGCCUCAACUGUGUGCCCCACCCGCGAGGACUCCCCUCCCCAGGUUCCAGAAGAUCCUGACGGGAAAGGCAGCAGCAGCUUUCUGGAAACCUUAAAGACAGAGCGGCUGAGUCCAGACCUCUUGACAUUGGGGCCUGCACUGCCGUCAUCAAUCCCUGUCCCGAGCAGUGCCUAUGGGAGCCCCGAAUUUUCCAGUACCUUCUUUUCUCCCACUGGGAGCCCACUCAAUCCAGCAACCUAUUCUUCCCCCAAGCUUCGUGGAACCCUGCCCCUGACGUCCUUUGAGGCCAGGGAGUGUGUGAACUGUGGAGCAACAGCCACGCCGCUGUGGCGGAGGGACAGGACGGGCCACUACCUGUGCAAUGCCUGUGGCCUCUAUCACAAGAUGAAUGGGCAGAACAGGCCCCUCAUCCGGCCCAAGAAGCGCCUGAUUGUCAGCAAAAGGGCAGGUACCCAAUGCACCAACUGCCAGACAACCACCACAACGCUGUGGCGGAGAAACGCCAGCGGGGAUCCUGUGUGCAACGCCUGCGGCCUCUACUACAAACUACACCAGGUAAACCGGCCACUGACCAUGCGAAAGGAUGGUAUUCAGACUCGAAACCGCAAGGCAUCUGGAAAAGGGAAAAAGAAACGGGGGUCAAGCCUGGGAAGUACAGGACCAGCAGAAGGAUCAGCUGGCGGCUUCAUGGUGGUGGCUGGGGGUAGUAAUAGUGGGAAUUGUGGGGAGGUGGCCUCAGGUUUGACACUGGGCCCAUCCGGUACUGCCCAUCUCUACCAAGGCCUGGGUCCUGUGGUGCUGUCGGGGCCUGUCAGCCAUCUCAUGCCUUUCCCAGGACCCCUGUUGGGCUCCCCCUCGGCCUCCUUCCCCACAGGCCCUGUGCCUCCCACCACCACCACCACCACCACCACCGUGGUGGCUCCACUCAGCUCCUGAGGGCACAGAGCAUGGUCUCAGGGGCAGAUGGGGAGCCGCACCUCCCCUCUAGUCAUCAGUCUGUGCAACCCGACCCUCUGGGCCCCAGACACUCCCUGGCCUGGGCUGUCUUAAGUUUUUGUAAAAUAAAACCAUCAGAGUCCUGAAA